GUCCUUGUCCCCGCUGUCCGGGUCCCCGCCGUCCUUGUCCCCGCUGUCCCCGCGCGGCGCUCCCGGCCCCGCUCCCCUUAAAGCGGCGAUGCCGGCGGCGCAGCGCGGCCCGUUGCGGCCCGGCCGCGGCCCGUUUAAGGCGGGCCCGCGCGGCGCGGUGGAGCGGCCAUGCUGCGGGCGCGCUGGGCGCUGCCGCUGGCGGUGGGCGCGGGGCUGGGGGCGGCCCUCGCCCGCCGGGAGCCCCGGGAGCACCGGGAGCCGAGCGAUGCGGCCGAGGGGCUGCUGGCCCGCCUGCCCGUGCUGCCCGCCGUGGCAGCGGCCAGCCCGCCCGCGCCGCCGGGCUCGGGGCGCACGGAGCUGAGCAAGUACGGGCUGCCCGGGCUGGCGCAGCUGCGGAGCCGCGAGUCCUACGUGCUGUGCUACGACCCGCGGAGCCGCAGCGCGCUCUGGGUCAUCGAGCAGCUCAACCGCGACACGCUCAGCGGCGCCUCGGACCGCGCCGCCUGCGACUUCCAGGAGGACGACUCGGUGCACGAGUACCACCGCGCCACCAACGCCGACUACCGCGGCAGCGGCUUCGACCGCGGGCACCUGGCCGCCGCCGCCAACCACCGCUGGAGCCAGAAGGCCAUGCGGGACACGUUCUACUUGAGCAACAUCGCCCCGCAGAAUCCUCAUUUAAACCAGCAUGCCUGGAAUAACCUUGAGAAGUACUGCAGGAGCUUGGCAAAAAACAACAGGAAUGUCUACGUCUGCACAGGACCCCUCUUCCUGCCCAGGAUGGAGGCUGAUGGGAAGAUGUAUGUGAAGUACCAGGUGAUUGGGAAGAACAACGUGGCUGUCCCCACCCAUUUCUUCAAGGUGCUCAUCUUGGAGAAGGAGAGUGGGGAGAUUGAGCUGCGCUCCUACGUGAUGCCCAACAGCCCUGUGGAUGAGAAAAUCCCCCUGGAACGGUUCCUGGUCCCCAUCGAGAGCAUCGAGCGAGCCUCAGGGCUCCUCUUUGUCCCAAACAUCCUCAGGAGAACAAGUAACUUGAAAGCCAUCACAGCUGGAAAGCAGUGAACCCUGACUAGAACAAAUACAGGUACCCAACCCCUGGCAAGGGACUGGCAGCCACCUGCAGAAUGAGUUCUUUGUGCAGUUGUAAAUGUGGGAAUUCAGAUUCAAACCUGUGCUUCUCUCCACUGUUCCCCUUGAAACACAGACACACAACAGGUCUCCAGAAUGGUCCUGCAGGAGACUCAGGGGCACCUGGCACUGCAGUAGCUCUCCAGGAUUUGCCCCUAAUCUACUGCUGCCUUGGUGUUGUGUGAGGCUCACUCAGGCAGAAAGGGAAGUCAAAUAACUGUUGCUGUUUAGCAGGGACGGAGGGGAGCAAGGUGGGUGCCAGGGGAGGAGAGGAGAAGUUCCUGCCUUCCUGUAGCCAAAGAACUGUGAUUGUUUUCUUUCAGAAGAUGGUUUUAGCAGUAAAGCUUUGAACACCCAUGGAA